UGUGCCAUCCCUCGCCCAUCAACUUUUUUCUCUGUUCUUCCUUUUUACUCAUUGUUUACAAUUCUUUCUCCCAUUUCCCUCUUUUUUUUUUAGAUGGGAAUAUUUGCAGAGCCAUUUCUUGGACCCUUUCUGGUCAUCUUCUUUGUUUUGAUCUCUGCGUUUGGAGCUUUGUCUGAGGGCUCCAAAAUCAGACACCAUCGAUGGGAGGUUGAGUACAUGUUUUGGUCCCCGGACUGCGUUGAAAACGUCGUUAUGGGAAUCAACCACCAGUUCCCCGGCCCGACGAUCAGAGCCAAUGCAGGCGACACCGUCGUUGUCGAGCUUACCAACAAGCUCCACACCGAGGGCGUCGUCAUUCACUGGCAUGGGAUACUUCAGCACGGAACUCCGUGGGCUGAUGGCACUGCUUCCAUCUCGCAAUGCGCCAUCAACCCCGGCGAAACCUUCGUCUACCGAUUCGUAGUUGACAAGGCGGGAACGUUCUUCUAUCAUGGCCAUUUAGGAAUGCAAAGAUCUGCAGGACUAUAUGGAUCUCUAAUAGUAGAUCCAGCAGAAGGAGAGAAAGAGCCAUUCCAUUAUGAUGAAGAGAUUAACUUAUUGCUUAGUGACUGGUGGCAUCAGAGCGUUCAUAGACAAGAGGUCGGCCUCAGUUCCAUCCCGUUUCGUUGGAUCGGCGAACCCCAGAGCUUGCUGAUAAAUGGGAGAGGUCAAUUCAAUUGUUCAAUUGCAGCCAAAUAUAACAACACAUUGCAGCAAUGUGCGUUGAAAGGGAGUGAACAAUGUGCACCAUUUAUCCUCCGUGUCCUUCCCAAUAAGAUCUACCGUAUUAGAAUUGCCAGCACCACAGCAUUGGCUUCUCUCAACUUCGCCAUUGGG